AUGGUAUUACAUCAAGAAAAUGAUGUUGCUAAAUUUCGUCAUAUUGUUAAUAAUUUUCGAUUAUUCAACGAUCGAGAUGCGUGCAUCGAUUAUAUUACAGAACUUGCGACGAAUAAAUUCUUUCUUAUUUUAUCCGCUCAUAUCGGUGAACAAAUCAUUCCUCUUAUUGAUCAAUGCAGUCAGAUCGAUUCAAUUUAUAUUUAUUCAGCAAGUGAAAUGAAAUCUGUUCUACAGACUGAAUUCUAUCGAAAAAUCUCUGGUAAUUUUGUCGACAUUGAUUCGAUUUGUGAACAGCUGAAUGUCGAUGCUCGACGAUGUUCGAAUAAUCUGCUAUCAAUGUCAUCUAUUCCAUUUCCAUCUACUCGAAAACAUCAGAUAAAUGGAAAAGAUGUGUCAUUUACGUAUUCACAAUUGAUUCGAGAUUUAUUUCUUGAUAUGGAUCUUUCAAUACCUUCAAUACGUGAUAUGAUCUUUCAUUUUUCAAUUAAAUUUGAAGGUAACGAACGUGGAUUAGCUCUCAUCGAUGAAUUAGAUCGUGAUAAUUGUUCGAUGCAAUCAAAUAUUCGGACAGGAACUGUUUCAAAAGGUAAAUCAAUAUGGUGGUACACUCGAUGUGGUUUCGUAUUCGAAGUAAUUAAUCAAGCGUUACGAAGGCAAGAUAUCGAUAUGUUAUAUAAAAUGCGAUAUUUCAUUGUUGAUCUUCAUAGACAAUUAAAAGAAUUGUGUUUAGCUCAAUCAAUAACAAAUAGCCCAUUGACUGUCUAUCGAGGUCAAGCUAUGUUAAAUGAAGAAUUUGAACAGCACAAAUUCAAUAUAAAUGGCUUACUAACAAUUAAUAAUUUUCUCUCGACAAGUACAGAUUAUCAGGUAGCCAAAGGUUUCGCAUUUGCAAAUAAAAAUCGAUCUGGUAUGCAAGCUGUUCUAUUCGAAAUUGAGCUCGAUCCAAAUAUUCCUUGUCAACAAUGUCCAUAUGCCAACAUCGAACAUCUGAGUUAUUAUCAAACGGAAUGUGAAGUUCUCAUUUCAAUGGGAAGCAUAUAUCGAAUUUGUUCCAUCGAUAAAGAUAAUGAUGAUAUUUGGAAAAUACAUCUCAAAUUAAUCGAUAAACAAAAAGAUCAAGAGUUAGAAACAAUGGCUGACAAUAUUUGGGAAAAGAUUCGAUCAUAUGAUGAUUUGUUCAGUUUAAUAAAAUUAUCACGUCUAGUGGGUGAUUUUGAAACAGCGAAAAGAUUCAUUGAUCAAUUAUUGAAUGAAUCAUAUUUUUGGGAUGAAAUGCAAAAUUUGGCCUUCUUGAUCAAUGAAGUCGGAUUGAUUUGUGAAGAACAAGGUGAUUUUACAACGGCUAGUAUAUACUAUCAAAUAUUUAUGGAUAUGAAACAAAAGCGACAAUUGAUUUGUAGAAGAGAUACGAUUUCAUCGACCUUAGAACGAGCAACAUUUCAAACUAUCUCGAAACAUAUUCAAGAUAUGAACAAUGAAAAUAAUGAAAAAUUAAUCGAAUUGAAAAAUUCUUUGAAAAAUGAAGAGAAAAGUGAUAUGCCAAAUAGGGAAAAGUCAGCCAAUUAUUGCCAACAAAUCGGUCAUAUCUAUGAACUACAGGAAAACGACAAAAAAGCUCUUAACAUGUACCAAAAAAGUUUAAAACUAUUUGUACCUGUUGGUUUAGAAGUUAUGCAAAUCUACUCCAGUAUGGCUCUCCUAUAUGCUAAACAAAACGAUUGGUCGACAUCGAACGCGUACAUAGAAAAAACAUUAGAAUAUUUACAUAGCAAACCCUAUAGCGAUACAUUUAUAGAGUACUAUGAAAAAAUCGGUCUUGCAUACGAAGUUCAAGAACGAUAUAUAGAUGCUAUUCGAAUAUACGAGAAAAUCUUAUCUUUUAUUCCAGAUGAAUACUAUUAUGACGAGAUAGUUCUCGCUCAUAUCGGUUAUGUCUAUGAAAAGCAACAGAAUUACAUCGAUUCAUUGCAAAUCUACGAACGGCUAUUAUCUCUUCAAUUGAAUGUACUUUAUCGUGAUCAUCCACGAUUGGCAGAUACGUAUGCAUCGAUAGCCAACUCAUGCUAUGGUCAACAUAAACAUCAAGAAGCUUAUACAAAUUUAACAAAUGCACUCAAUAUUGAUCUUCUUACAAUGAGUGAGAAUCAUCCGUGGAUAAAAAAGCGUCAAGAAGAAAUUGAUUUUAUUCGACAAAAGAUAUAUAACGUCUGA